AUGUCUGAUGAGGAAAUCAAAGAUAAGUCAUUGGCUUCAGCUGCAGCCUGCUUGGAAGGAAAGGCACCUAUGGAAAAAGCAGCAAUUAUUCACCAGCAUAUUGGUCGCAGAGAGAUGACAGAUAUAAUCAUAGAGACCAUAAAAUCCAAUCCAGAUGAGACACAAGCUGCAAUGGAAGGAAGAAAAACUCCAGAGGCUUCACCUGUUGAUGAUAAAAGUAAAUGUGAUGGGCAAACUAAAGAAUGCGUUGAAGCUGCUCCAGACUCGCCAUCUAAGCAACUUCCUGACCAGAUUUCUUUCUUCAGUGGGAACCCAUCAGUUGAAAUAGUUCAUGGCAUUAUGCACCUGUACAAAACAAAUAAGAUGACUUCCUUAAAAGAAGAUGUAAGGCGUAGUGCUAUGCUGUGUAUUCUCACAGUCCCUGCUACAAUGACCAGUCAUGACCUUAUGAAGUUUGUGGCCUCAUUCUAUGAAGUAAUAGAACAUAUGAAAAUCAUCAGAGAUUCCACUCCAAAUCAGUAUAUGGUGCUGAUAAAGUUUAGUACACAGGCUGAUGCUGAUAGCUUUUACAUGGCUUGCAAUGGUCGACAAUUCAACUCGAUAGAGGAAGAUGUAUGCCAGCUGGUGUAUGUGGAGAGGGCUGAAGUCUUCAAAUCAGAAGAUGGAGCCAGCCUUCCCGUAAUGGAUCUGACGGAGCUUCCAAAGUGCACAGUGUGCCUGGAAAGAAUGGAUGAGUCUGUGAACGGGAUCCUUACUACGGUGUGUAACCACAGUUUUCACAGCCAGUGUCUGCAGCGCUGGGAAGACACCACGUGUCCUGUCUGCAGGUACUGCCAAACACCCGAGCCUGUGGAAGAAAAUAAAUGCUUUGAAUGUGGAGUUCAAGAGAACCUUUGGAUUUGUUUAAUAUGUGGGCACAUUGGAUGUGGCCGCUAUGUGAGCCGGCACGCUUACAAGCACUUUGAGGAGACUCAACACACUUAUGCAAUGCAGUUAACCAACCACAGAGUUUGGGAUUAUGCUGGAGAUAAUUACGUCCAUCGACUGGUUGCAAGUAAAACUGAUGGGAAGAUAGUUCAGUAUGAGUGUGAGGGGGAUAUGUGUCAGGAGGAAAAGAUUGAUUCCUUACAGCUAGAGUACUCGUAUUUGCUUACAAGCCAGCUGGAAUCUCAGCGCAUCUACUGGGAAAACAAGAUAGUUCGAAUAGAAAAGGAUACAGCUGAAGAAAUUAACAACAUGAAGACUAAAUUUAAAGAAACCAUUGAGAAAUGUGAUAGUUUGGAGCACAAGCUGAACAACUUACUUAAAGAGAAACAAUCCUUGGAAAGAAAGUGCAUGCAGCUGAAUAACAAGGUGGCCAAGCUCUCCAAUGAACUUGAGGAGGAGCAGGAAAUGAACAAAUGUUUGCGAGCCAACCAGGUCUUGCUGCAGAACAAACUAAAGGAGGAAGAGAAGGUGCUCAAGGAAACUUGUGAGCAGAAGGACCUGCAGAUCACAGAAAUACAGGAGCAGCUGCGGGAUGUCAUGUUCUACUUAGAAACACAACAGAAAAUCAACCACCUCCCAGCUGAGACCAGGCAGGAAAUUCAGGGAGGACAGAUCAACAUUGCAGUGGCAUCUUCUGCAAGUUCCCCAGCGGGCAGCACAGGAAAGCCGCCUCGGAGAGGCCGGAGCAAAAGGGGCAAGUGAAGGCUGAGACAAGUGGAUCAUCCUCACUGCAACUGAUGCCACUUCUGAGUGACCGAGCACAUGUUUUGGGACUCAAGCUGAAUGUUAGAUUCAACACUAAAUAUCAAGUCCUGUGAGGCUCAGCUAGAAGUUGUUUUCUGAGCUAUUCAUAAAGCUAGCUGCCAGUUAUGGGGAAAUUACAGUAUUUUAAAAGCAUUUCACGGCAUUAGAUAGCUAAUCAUAGGCAGACUUUAAACACCAUUUUGCCUUCCUACCUUCUCUAAAUUCCACUUUACACAUUAUUUUCUCCUUAGAUUAUGUUCAGUUUUAGACACAUCUGAAACACAAAAUGAAUCUUAUCCUUAAAGGGUCGUGACCCAAAGUUUUUAAGGUCUUUUUUUUUAAGCCUCUUCCUACUAACCAAGAUGUUAAAUGUUCUUAAAGAGUUUUUAUUUAAAUGGCAAGUUUGAUUCAGAGGUAAACAUCCCCAUCCCACUUACUGUGUACAACUUAAAUACUGCAGCAUUUUGCCAGUGCAGAAUUAGGGUAGUAAUAGAGAAGUUAGAAUGGACAAUGAAACAGACUGAAGUAUUUAAAAAUAAUAAACCAUGUAAAUGGUAGUGAGAAUUAAUGUGGUGCCCACUGCUAUAAGGGAGUACACGUUAAACAGUUAACAUGCGGUCCUCUUUGAAGGUGGUCUUGUGCAGUGCUAACUGCUUAAAAGUACAAGGAAAUGUGACAGUAGUAUGCUAUAGAAAUAAUUGAACAUAGUUAUUUAUGUGCAGUGUUAUGGACGUGUUGGCCCCAGGUGACUAGAGCCACAAGAUGGGGGCAGUAAAUACCUUUUAUUGGACCAGUUUCUAUUGCUGACAGACAAGCUUUUGAGCUUACACAGAGCUCUUCCUCAGGCAUUGGUAAACUUGAAAGCCUGUCUUGCCAACAGAAGUGGGUCCAAUAAAAUUUCUCACACCCCCUUGUCUCCAUAAUUAUUUAUAAGCAUUCCUCCCAAUUAAGUAGCAACAAUAUAGCACAGACUAGUAUCUGUUUCAAAUUAACACUGUCACCCUAUUCUGCUCGCAGAAUAAGAUGCAUUAUACAUUUGCCCUCUGCAUAUUUCAGUCGUGCAGGCACUAGGAACCUGAGUCCCCAGAGUGAGGCAGAAUGAUGUGUGUUGUGUGAAAGCCACAUGUUCACAUCCCCCUCUCUGAAAACUGUCACUUCUCAUAGAUGGCCCAAAUACUCGCAGCUUUCAGGCUAGUUGCCAGCUUGCUACCACUUAAGGCUGCUGUACACUUCAGGAGCUGCUAACACUCCACAGGCAGUCUGUACAGAGAGGUGUCAUGAUGUAGUAUAAGCUCUCCACACUGGGUGCACCUCCUGCCCGCGUUUCCUAGGAUAGCUUAGUUUCCUUUAACAUCCCUCUUGUUUUUGGUGAGUAAGGAUUGAAACCAGUUUGCCCUACAGCCAUCUAUAUGCAAGCAACCUUAGGGAAGCGGUGGUUCAAAUCUGGCUUUUUUUGUUCUAGAACAUACUAAACUUGAUACUUCACAAUGUCUCCCUUAAAUGAAGACCUGAAUAUGUCCGAUGACUUGUCGGGAGCAUUUAAAAAUGCUGACUUACUCCUUCUUGGAUUGUGUAAGGGGGAUCUUGUGACGCUGUCCUCGCCAUUGGAUAAGCUCCUGUUCAGCAUUCAGCUACAGCUCUUUCACCAGUUUAGGCCAAAACCAAUGCAACUGAAGCUGGGACUUAUCCAGUUGCUAAGCAGAACCAAAAAAUGAAACUAACAUUAGGUUUUUAUGAAGCUAAAUUGUUCUUUUGGUCAGCUCAGAAAUGAGUGAGUUAUAGUAGCCAUGUCCAUAGGAGUAAGGUUAGAAUUCCAUUAAAUCUGCUUCAUGCCUUUACUAAUUGUCAGGCUUAAUUUUAGGAAGAAGGUUACAUUUUUCUUACAUGUAAAAUAAGUGACUCUUUGUUGAUGUACCAGAUGCAUCCAGUUCUUUGCUCUAUAGACUUGACCCUGUCUUCUGAAGCAUGAUGUAAAUGAACCUUUCUGUGGGAUAUAAACUGUACACUCGCACCUCUGGCUGCUGUAAAAUAGUCCUAAAGGAUUAGAGACCUACAAUGUAGCUUACUCUCCUAUAGAAAAUCUAUUUUAUUUAAAAUAUAUUUUUACACCAGCUAGGAUCCUCUUACCUAUUGCUGAAAGCUUGCUGUGUGUAGAACACUGUAUCCUCGCAUUCUUUUUUAGAAAAUGACUUAAUUUUAAGUGUGCAGUGUUUUUGUCUUUUCUUUUGUAGCUGAUCACACUAUUGAGGGGGAAAAUCUCUAAUCAAGGAAGGAGGCGUUGGUUGGGGAAACCUGAGCAAAAGAACUAUGAAACAGAAUGGUGUUGGCAGUAAAACUGUCUAAGGAAAUGGCAUUAGUAAAGUAAAAGAUAAGAAAAUCAACUUAAUUCUAGCUUGUAUCUAAGACUUGUGCAGGAGCCUUUAUGAAACUAGUUGAUAUCACUGGCUAGAUAUCUGUAUCUGACAAUCACCUCUCUCCAAGUCUAAGUUGCAAGGCCAGCAAUUGAAUUAACAUUCUUGUAAUAGAAGUAGGGGCUAAACUAUUCUUUGUCCUAACCAUGUUCCAGCUAUCUACAAGCAUGCUGGCAGCUAAUAGGGAGAUGGGAAGCUUGCAUGUUACUGCUCACUCUAUUCUAUUUCUAUAGCUAACAAGGAAUAGCACCUUUCAGAGGCACUCAGUCAUUUUAAGGUAGUUUGCCAAGUGUUUGCACAGAAUGAGAUGAGCCUUUGUAAAUGAAUAAAUUAGAAUCCCUCAUCUUUGCAUUUUAAUAGUUGUGACAUACAGCCUUUGAUGUAGUUCUUACUAAGACUGAUUCUGUCCUGUAAUAUCUGAAACAAAAGAUUUUUAUGUUCUGAAGAGAAAAAUAAAAGUGCUGGAACUCGG